AGCAGAUUUACAAACAACGUGCGUGCCGUAUCGCCGUUUGUGCAGACGCUGUCGAUGGUUUGGAGAUCAGUAAAAUCUGUGAGGGGGAGUGAAAAGCUGUUUGCAGAACUGAGCGUGUACUGCCUGUCUGCUCCGGUAGUGGCUACGUGUAAUUCUGGGGAAAAUGGCAGAUAGAAAAAAUAAUAAUGUUCCCAACACCAGUGCUAAUUUACUUUUCAGCGGCGCUCCGGAGUUUAAUUUCAAUUUGCCAUUUAUGCCUGUGAGUCAGGCCACUGGUCCGGCGGUGUUGUCAGGAGAUGACUCUACUGAUGUUGGAGAAGAAGACAGCUUUCUAGGUCAGAUCAGCGGGACUGGUGGACCAUCACCCUCUACAUUCAACUAUUUCUCCAGCCCUGUAACCAGCAGUGACCCGUUCGCAUCCAUCGGCCAGUCGCCAUGCCCACCGCCGGCCCUGUCAGCAGCCCCGUCAACAGCAGGCCCGGUUUCUGCUCCCAGCAGCGUCAGCAUGGCUCCUGUGCCGCCUCCAGGCUCACAAAUGAACCCUGCUCCUCUGGCGUUUGGCAGUGCAGUUUACCAGAGCCCCAUGGGGCGUCACACUCCUCCCCCCACCACAAUGACGCCACCACCUCCCCAGAUGCAGCCGCAGAGUCAUAACCCGUACCGACACACCCCCACCAGCAGCAGAGCCAGUCCGUAUAUUCCAGCUCCAGAGAUCCUGCCGCCAACACACACACCUCAGCAGAACCCAUACACUCUCAGCUCUCCGCCACAGACGUUCCCGCUGUCAGGACCCACAUUCACAAAGCCUCCUCCUCCUCCUCCCACACAGAUUCAAGCACCUCCGCCUCCAGCCAGCACUGCUGGAGCGAUAGUUCCUGCUGGUCCCAUGAUGCCAUACAACUACAAUGUCUAUGAGCCUAUUCAGCAUCACUGGUUCUACUGCAAGCAAGUAGAAACAAAGAGUGUCUGGCUUCCUUUCAGUUUCAUUGACUCUCUUCAGCUGGAGGAGACCUAUAACUCAGUUCAACCAGACCCAGAAAACGUGAUCGUGCGUACAGAUGGAGGGCGUUACGACGUGCAGCUCUAUGACCGCAUACGGACAGCAGUCUACUGGGAGGAAGAGCCCGCAGAGGUCCGGCGCUGCUCCUGGUUCUACAAAGGGGAUACCGAUAGUCGCUUUAUUCCUUAUUCUGAGGAGUUUAGUGACAAGCUGGAGGCAGAAUAUAAGAAAGCCGUGUCUACCAAUCAGUGGCACCGCAGACUGGAGUUCCCAUCAGGGGAGACCAUUGUCAUGCACAAUCCAAAGGUGAUCGUGCAGUUUCAGCCCUCCUCCAUGCCAGAUGAGUGGGGCACAACUCAGGACGGGCAAACCAGGCCCAGAGUGGUCAAGAGAGGGAUUGAUGAUGACCAUGAUGAAGUGCCUGAUGGUGAGCUUCCCAAGGUAGAUCAUCUUGUGUUCAUGGUUCAUGGAAUCGGUCCAGUGUGUGACCUGAGGUUUAGGAGCAUGAUCGAGUGCGUGGACGACUUCCGCAGUGUGUCACUGAAGCUGCUGCACAGUCACUUUAAGAAAUCAGUGGACGAGCACGCCAUCAGCAGGGUGGAGUUUCUUCCUGUCCAGUGGCACACGGCUCUGCAUGGAGAUGCUACAGGAGUCGACAGGAGGAUAAAGAAAAUCACCCUGCCAAGUACUGGACGUUUACGUCACUUUACAAAUGAGACUUUGUUAGAUGUGCUUUUCUACAACAGUCCAACUUACUGCCAGACCAUCAUGGACACAGUUGCCCAAGAGAUAAACAGGCUUUAUGACCUGUUCAUGAAGAGGAACCCAGACUACAGAGGAGGCGCAUCCGUCUGCGGACACAGCUUAGGUUCCCUGAUUCUCUUUGACCUGUUGUCAAAUCAGAAGAAUGGCUCUCCUGCACCAUCCAUGCCCAUCAUACCCACUGCUAAUGGAGACACCAAACAGGUGACAGCCCCCAUUACACAAGGGAAUGGAGCUCCUCCAGCUGUGGAAGAGGAGCCCAGUGAAGAUGGGGAGGAGUUUGAGGAUCUUACUGCUGUGCUGGAACAUCUGGGCCUGUCUGAGUACAAGAGUACCUUUGAUGAGGAGAAGAUUGACAUAGAAUCUUUUCUUAUGUGCACAAUCGAGGACCUGAAAGAGAUGGGAAUCCCACUGGGUCCCAGGAAAAAGAUCACCAAGUUUGUGAAAGACAGAGUGAAUAAGCAGGCUGCCCGUCAGACAGCGCAGGAGAAGAAAGCCGAACCAAAAGAAGUCAGUCAGGUGGUUGGGCCUCCACCAGCUGCUGAAGCUCUCCCUGAUUCCUCUGUGAAAAAGCCUCCAGUGGGCAGCACUGUUUCCUCCAUCCAUGUCGACUACAAUUACUUUGAAGUCGGCACUGGACAGGUGUCGGUCAUCUACCACACUCUGGACUUUGAGCCUGUAAAUUUCUUUGCCUUGGGUUCUCCAAUCGGCAUGUUCCUAACAGUACGAGGACUGGAAAAGAUCGAAGAGACGUACCAGCUUCCUACAUGCAAGGGAUUCUUCAAUAUUUAUCAUCCGUUGGACCCAGUGGCAUACAGGAUUGAGCCCAUGAUAUUACCAGACUUGGAACUGAAGCCUGUUUUGAUCCCACAUCACAAAGGGAGGAAGAGGCUUCAUCUCGAGCUGAAGGAGAGUCUGACCAGGAUGGGCUCUGACCUGAAACAUGGUUUUAUCAGCUCCCUGAAGAGCGCCUGGCAGACGCUGAACGACUUUGCUCGCGCUCACACCGCGUCAGCCCAGCUUCAGGCUGAGCUGGCCAUCGUAGCCAAUCAGAUCGAAGAGCAGGAGAAGCAGGCGCAGGAGGAGCAUAAGAUCACAGAGAGCCCUGAGCCACAAAAAGAAGAGGAGCCUCAAGUGAAGAUGGGGAUGCUGAAUGGAGGGAACCGCAUCGACUAUGUCCUGCAGGAGAAGCCCAUCGAGAGUUUCAACGAGUACCUGUUUGCCCUGCAGAGUCACCUGUGCUACUGGGAAUCUGAAGACACAGCUCUGCUUCUUCUCAAAGAGAUCUACAAGUCCAUGGGGAUCCACCCAGAGCAGAUAGCACAUUAAUCCAAUGAAGUAUCCGAGAUGAAAAUAAGCCUGUCUGAAACGUUCCUAUUGGGUUCAUUUCAUGUCAAUUCUCCUUGAUUCCCAUUGUGCUUUUUUUUCCUCUUUUAUUUUCUAUUCAUGUAGUUCAUUGUAUGCAGAUGAAUAAUACAACUGUAUUAUGCCAUUUGUCUUAAAUUAAGAAGCAUACAAAUGAACUCGUAGAUUCAGACACUUGAUGAAAUGUUUGAUAUUACAUUUUUAUAGUAUAUAAAUUAUAGAAAUGCUGAAGUUUACUGAAAAUGUGUGUCAUCAAAUCAAAUGAUGACAACAGAAACGAUAUAGCAGCAGUUAAUGCAGCCUUCUGUAAGUUUUUAUUUCAUGAUCAAAAAUUCCAAAUAAAUCAUUUCCUUGCACAGGUGCUUUCUAUUUGAAGUGUUAUGUACUGCUGACAGGAAGACGUGUAACAUUUCUCCUACAGGAUGAGGAGACUUCAAGACUAUCCACUAAAAAAGCUGUAAUAUUUGCAAAAACAUUAAUUAAAAAUUAAAAAAAAAAAACUGUACAAUAUGAGAUGCAAGAAUAACCUGCUUUGAUUGUGAGAAAAAUAAAGCACUUCUUGCUCUGCUCUA